AUGAUGAUACCGGCUAUGCUCGCCCUUUGGGGGCUUGCACUUAUUGGAGUGUACGCGCUUACCUGCUGGCUGUACGACAACUUUAAGUCGUUGGCCCAGAUCUGCAUAGCUCUACUCGCACCGUACUUUGCCCCGGCCGAGCAGAAAUCCCUGACGGAACGAUAUGGCAAAUGGGCCGUCAUUACCGGUUCGACGGACGGCAUCGGCAAGCAGUACGCUUUCCAGCUGGCCAGCCGUGGCCUCAACGUGGUGCUGGUCUCACGCUCCACCGACAAGCUGAUCGCUGUGGCGCGGGAAAUUGAGUCCAAGUACUCGGUGAAGACCAAGUGGAUUGCGAUCGACUUCAGCAGUGGGCGCGAGAUCUACGACCACCUGCGCAAGGAGCUCGAUUCGGUGCCCGUUGGCGUUCUAGUAAACAACGUCGGCGCGAAUGUGGACUACCCGGACGAUCUUGAUCACAUUCCGGAGGACAAGCUGUGGCAGCUGAUCAACAUCAACGUCGGUGCGGUAACGAUGCUCACGCGGGCCGUGCUACCGGGCAUGAAGAAACGAGGCCAGGGUGCGAUCGUCAACAUCUCCUCCGGCAGCGAACUGCAGCCGCUUCCAUACAUGACGGUUUAUGCGGCGACGAAGGCCUACAUCCACAACUUCACCCUCGCGAUGCAGCAUGAGCUGGAACCGUUCGGUAUCACCUGCCAGCUGGUGAGCCCGAUGUUUGUAACGACCAAGAUGAACAACUUCUCUACAACAAUCAUGGAGGGUGGCCUGUUCAUACCAAACGCGGAGAUGUACGCCAAGUUUGCCACAUUUACGCUCGGUAAAACGAAGCAAACUACCGGCUACUGGUCGCACGGAAUCCAGUACGGCGUCAUGAAACUAGCCCCGGAGUGGCUGCGCACGGUGAUCGGUGGCAUCAUGAACAAGCAGUUCCGGAAGGAGUAUUACGACCAGCAGAAGCUUGGCGUUCCGGCACAGUCGGGUUAG